CUCUGUAAAUACGUAGCUAGUCAGCGCAGAGGCACAGUUACAACGUAUCGCCAAGGUGCUCCCUCAGUAUCGGCCACCCCACCAAGACGCAGGCACUAAAGUAGGGGCGACGUCCACUCCACCACGCCCCGCCAUCUCGCAGCAGAGCCCACGCCGCCGUGGAGCUGGCCCGGGGCAGCCAUGGCGCGAAGAAGAAGACGCGCGAUGCUGGCGUUCGGCACGUUGGCGGCCGCGGCGGCACAUUGCGUGGCGCUCAGCGACCGCCGUCUUAUCACGUUCGACGAGGCGCACAACGCAGUGACAGACACAAUAACCGAGGUGGCCAACGAGGCUGUGGAUACAGCGAAUACUAUCGUAUCGAACUUGGCGUCCACAGUACUUGGUGGCGCCACGCGGACGGACGAGACGAGCAGUCCGUCGACAUCCAUUUCGGUCACGAUAGGAGGCAAUACAGACGACAUAGCGGAGAAACCCACGACGACGGGCAGUGUGGACGAACUAGAUGCGAGUCUUAACGACGAGAACGAUUCACCGACGGCUAUAGCAGAUUCAGAGACGACGACGGCACCGACGAGGGUGACGGUGACGACGGCGCCGUCGACCAGGGUGUCCGCGACCACGGCGCCGUCGACUAGGGUGUCGGUGACGACGCCUGUGACGGGAUCAGAAGAGAAGGAGGAUGCGACGUCGGCUCCGCUUGCCCCAAUAGCUACGAGACGUAGCGGGGUGGCACACGCAGUGUACAUGACGAAGCAACCGACACCACCGCCGUCCAGUGACGACGAAACAGGAGCAGAGUCAACAGCGGAUAGCGAGACAGAGAGCGCAGCGCCGACGGCAGCGCCAGCGCCUAGAACGCAAGCCCCAACAGACGCACCAGUGACGAUUUCAAUAGGAACACAACCUCCGUUAGUCGCGACCGAGGCCCCAGUGCCAGUAUCAACACCAGUACCAGUAAGUAUCCCGGUUUCAACAGAUAUUCCUGUUCCGAUGGAGCCAACAACUGCACCAGUGACAGUAACGCAAGCUCCGGAGCCAGCACCUGUAGUAGAUACGGCGACGCCCUCCACUCACAGUAGUUCAGUAGCAGAUACACCCGAUCGCGGUGUUAUCGACGACGAGACGGACGCGCCGGCAGUAACUGGAUCAACUUCUACAGACGCAGCGGUGAUUGUUCCAGACGAAAGCACUGUUGUGCCAAUUACAGACGCACCAGCCAUGGGAACAGGUAGCGCGCCUUCUACAGGUACAGCGCCGUCACCUGAGUCUCCAGCCUCAUGGACAGACUCCUCCGGUUCCAGCAGCAAUAACGAAACAGUGACGAUACAUUCAGCGAGCGGGAGUGAAGACAACAGCGAGGGAAUUAGUCCAGGUCAAGUCCACGCCAGCUCCAGUGCAGAUGUGAGUCUGGAUGGGUCGGACGCGUUGGAUAUUGAAAGCUCAAACUCUCCUGGAGGCAAACCGAAGAAAAACAAGAAGAAGGAGACACACAGCAGCAGUGGAGAUUACAGUGCCGAUAGUACAACCAGCGAACAGGACGAGUCGAGCAAGAAAUCCAACAGCGGAGCCAGUAACAGCGGCAUGGACGGAAUAUUAAAACCUGGUGGUGUAUCGGACGUCAACACCAGUGCCGCCACGUACUACAGUUUAGGCACAGGGUCCAUCGUCGCGAUUGUCGGAGUGAUUGCAGGCAUCAUGGGUCUUCUGGUCAUGUUCGUGGCAAUUAGUCGUAAGAAAUAUGCGGACGACGACGACGAGAGUCCACUGCCUUACGGCUACGACAUGGACAUGCGCUCCAUCUCGAGAUUAUCGCCGACGUUUAUGCAGGAUGAUUCCUUUAUGGAAAGCGGCUAUAACGGCACAGCACUGAUGGUUGCAGUGCCUCCUCCCACGUACGACGGAGCGUCUUCUAUCAGUGGCGAGAGUGCAGACGAGGUGCCAUCUCUACGUGGUAAUAUGAUGGCAGCCAACCAUUGUGAUCCGUUAGGGGACAUCAGCAUAAGAAGCAGAGUACCGUCCAUGCAGAGCUUCAGUGGUGAACUAGACACGGGCAACGUUCGGGUGUCUGCGUUGUAUUCAGCAGGAUCGUCCAUGACGAGCGGUAGUGAAAUUAGCGGAUCGUGGAGCUCUGUACUGGCCUCGGACACCGAUCGCCAGCCGUCGCGUAACACGCGGGACACAACAUUAAGCGGGUGGUCAGCGACCAACUUGUCGAGCUUCGGUAGCACUGCCAGCGGAGCCUCCGGGUUAUCUCGAAUGACCCGAUCAUCGUCAGCCUUUUCAGCCUUAUCCACUGAACUUCGACAUACUGGCGGCAGUGAUCGGAGUCGCUCGUCGUCGCGGCUGACAAACCAUUCGGACGCACCUCGAGUCGCUGCAGGGCCUGUGGACUCGAGUCGCAGUGACAAGAGCACCGAGAUCUAAUGAUCGUUAGUGAGUGUACAUAGAGUACCGUGGCGUUACGCUGAAACAAAGUCUACCUCAGAAGGACUGUAGAUUUCGAGGGAGACUUAGAUGGUUCCUUUUGGUUGUGUAGUGACUGGCCGAGUGCCUUUAUAAUAUUUGGAAUGCAGAUUUUUGCAAUGCCGUGAGA